AUGCCUAUCAAUUGGCAAGACCCCGAGAUCAAAGACCGUAUCCUUGCCUCCAUCAUUGCCUCAUUUGGCACUGCGAUCAACUGCAAAGAAGUCGCCCGCAUCUUCGGUCCCGAAGCCACAUACGACGCUAUCGAGAACUUCCUGCGAAAGCCCAAGAAGAAGGCCAAGGAGCUCAUGGUCGAGGCGACCGCCCGCGGAAACGUGGCGCCUACUCGUGGGGCUAACAGCCCAGCGAAGCAGCAGCGCGCGCCGAGGACACCGAAGAAGAGCGAUGGUGAGGUUUCCUGCCUUGUAUUUAUUAGAUGCAGGCUAAUGCUGAGUUUCAAAGGUGUCAAGACCGGUCGCGUGACCAAAGGCACUCCGAAGAAGAAUACCGGAUCGCCCAUCAAGAAGGAGAUGUUGGCUGAGGAUGAGUACAUGUUCGGUGGCGGUGCUGUGCAUACUCCACGGGGCGACUACGAGAUGGACGACGAACUUGACAACGAGAUCUAG